AUGGAUGAAGAUCCAAGAUACAGAAAACUUGGUAUACGACGUGUCCUAAAGGCGAAUAGUAAAGGUAGACAAACGAUACGGGAGUUUAAUAUCCCUGUGGUACAUUAUUCGGAGUUGAUUUCUUGGAAAGAAGUGAGUAUUAAGGGACCACCACUAACAGUUCAUAUGGAUAUGAAUCUCAAAUUAAUAUCCAAUCUAAGUCCUUUUAAUUUUCCAUUAUUACUGUGUAAGAUUCAAGCAGUGAAACGUUGCGUUCGUCUAAUAACUGAAGCAUCAAUUGAGGUUCGUGAUGAGAGUAAUAGAGUGAUGGAUUUAUUAAAAAUGGUGUCGGCAAGAUAUGUUGCAUUUGGUUUGAAAAAAAAUUUGACUACUUUAAAAAUAGGAAUAAGUAAUGUUAAUUAG